ACUGAUUUUAUGGCGGUUGCCGUGUUCGAUACAACGGGUGCUGUUCAAUAGAAUCGUGGAGGUAAUAUGUUUGUGUUGUGGGCACUCAAAGGUCAGUAACUGAUGUGAAAGUUCUAACAACUUUUAUUAUAGUACGAAUACUGGAUCACAGAAAAAACAACUUGAACGAGAAGCAACCAUUCUAUCUAGACUUUGCUUUGUUAUUCUAGUCUUUUUACGGGACAUUUUAAGGCCUACAGUCCAAUGAGUAAUCCAGAAACCAAGUUAGCUGAGAGACGUCCGCCAAGUGCUUGGGCCAGUGUGGAGGAGUCAGGUCCUAGAGACCUGGAAGCGUACGGUGCAGAUGAUUUAACUUACACUGGUGUUGAAGAACAUGACGUUAUUCCAGAGGGUCAGAGGACAGGUUGCUGGCACGGGUUGAAGAGCGGCAUUGGAGGAUGUUGGAGAACGAGAGAAAUGGCUUCGGACGAGGACAAAGAUUGGCACGUGAAAACGACGUUACGCGAACUUAUAAUUUACAUCAUCUUUGUUGUGGUUCUUUGUAUCUUAACUUUCGGUAUGAUGAGCCCAGUAAUGUACUACCACACAAAAGUAAUAAGCGAGCUUUUUCUUGACAGUACAUUCAAAGAUACUCUAGGCAGCGUUAGAAGUUCAACUCAAGUUAUCGACUUCUGGCGAUUUGUUGACUAUGUUAUGCUGGAUAAUCUGUAUUGGGAAAACUGGUACAACAAUGAUCCAGCAACUUCAAACGAUCGUAACAUCCUGUAUGAGAAUCGACUUUUAGGUUCUCCUCGACUCAGGCAGUUACGAGUGAGAAAUGACUCUUGUAAUGUACAUGAUGAUUUUUCCACAAGUAUUUUGACGUGCUUUGAUACAUACUCCCCAGAAAAGGAGGAUAAAAAACCUUUCGGCUUGCAGAAUGGAACAGCAUGGCGAUAUACUACAGAAAAACAGUUGAAUGGGUCCACCCACUGGGGCAGACUUGCCACAUACAGUGGUGCUGGAUCAUACGUAGAUUUGGGAACUACAAAACAGAAAGCAAAACAAAUCAUGGAUGAGUUACGAGACAACCUGUGGCUGGGCAGAGCAACAAGAGCAGUGUUUUUGGACUUCACUGUCUAUAAUGCAAAUAUAAAUCUUUUUUGUGUUGCAAAGAUUGUGUUUGAGUUCCCUGCCACUGGAGGGAUGAUAUCUUCAUGGACUUUUCGUACAGUCAAGCUGCUGCGUUAUGUAAACCCCUUUGAUUAUUUCAUCAUGGGCUGCGAGUUCUUGUUUGCAGUAUUUAUUGUGUACUACAUAAUAGAGGAGGCCAUUGAGAUCAAACAAAACAAGUGCAGUUAUUUCAAGUCCAUUUGGAACAUCCUGGAUAUUGUAGUGAUCUUGAUAUCAGUGAUGUGUAUUGCCUUUAGCAUUUAUCGAACUAUGAUGGUGGAUAAAUUGUUGGAGGGAUUGUUAAGUAAACCGGAUGAUUUUCAGGACUUCGAAUUCCUGGGAUUUUCACAAACUCAGUUCAACAAUGCUGUAGCUCUUGCUGUAUUUUUUGCUUGGAUAAAGAUUUUCAAAUACAUUAGCUUCAACAAAACAAUGACCCAGCUGUCAUCUACUUUAUCACGAUGCUCCAAGGAUAUUGCUGGGUUUGCAGUCAUGUUCUUUAUUGUUUUCUUUGCAUAUGCUCAACUAGGCUAUUUAUUGUUUGGAACCCAAGUCCAGGAUUUUAGCAGCUUCAUAAAAGCUAUAUUUACUUUGCUACGAGUCAUCUUGGGUGAUUUUAACUUUAAUGAAAUUGAAGCAGCUAACAGAGUUCUCGGUCCAAUCUACUUCCUAAGCUAUGUAUUUUUUGUUUUCUUUGUCUUAAUGAACAUGUUUCUGGCUAUCAUCAAUGACACCUAUUCUGAAGUUAAAACAGACAUUGCUUGCCAAAAACCUGACAUAGAAAUUGGGGAAUAUUUCAAAAGGACCUACAACAACUUGGUUAGCAAGCUGGGGAAACGAGAAAAGAUUGUUGGCAUUCAGAAUGCAAUGAAAGACGCCAAUGGAGAUCAAGUUAAAAAAUUUACCUUUGAGGAGAUUCGCCAGUCUCUGAAGCGACAAAACUUCUCUGAUGUGGAAAUUGAGAUGAUUUUUUCAAAGUAUGAUCAGGAUGGUAAUCGUGAAUUGGAUGCAACUGAGAUGAAACAAAUGUUGGUGGACUUAGAGGAUCAGAAAAGACUUCUAGAAAAGGAAAUUGAGAAUGAGAAACAGGAAGCAGUGGCUGAGAACUCUGGAGGAACACGUCCUUCUAGUGCUGCAGUAGGAGGUGGAGGAGGGGUUUCACUGGAUGAGUAUAAUGUUUUGUCAAGACGAGUAGAUCGAAUGGAACACUCCAUUGGAAGUAUUGUUUCCAAGAUUGACGCUGUUUUGGUAAAGAUGAAUGCAAUGGAAAGAUCUAAAGCAAAACGGCGAGAGAAUGUCAACAGGAUCUUAGACACCAUAUCAGAGAGUGAAGGUCUAGAUGAAAGAGCCAAGCGGCAGCAAAUGGAGAAACUUGUGCGAGAAGAACUUCAGCGUUGGGACUCUGAAGCAUCUGUGAACUCACCCCAACACUCUGCCAGUGGUGACAGGGAUUAACCAAUUCAUAAUGGAAUUCAAGGACAAUGAAAGGCACUGUUUUUAAAGCAUUUAAUAGCAAAAAACCACAAAAAACUUACUUGAGAUCUUAUGUUGAAAUAAGUAUUCCCUAGGGAGUCUCUUUCACAGCUUAAAAUAAGAGACUUGUUACUCUAGAUGUUAGAAGAAUUGAUGUUGAUACAUUAGACAUUAUAGUAACCACAUCAUAAAAGUAUAUUAGGCAUUAGAGCAGCUUUGAUUUAUAGCACAGUAAAUUACCUUUGAUAUAAAGAAAAUAAAUUAACUGAAACUUAGACAGGAAUCAAGCAGUUAUCUAUUCCUAUCAACAAAAUGAACAAAUGCUGUUCUUUGUUAUGGACGUUUUACAUAACUUUGUUUGUCUACUUAUCAGUAAAAAAUUGCUUAGAAGAUUUUAACAAGUACUGUAUGGAUAAGUAGUAAGCAAAAAAUGAAAGCAAUAUAUGAUAAGUUGUCUUCAUAUUAGUCAUUGUUAUUUCUGACAAAUUUGAAUACUGAUUUCUGUCAACUUUUCUAUAGAAUCAUUAUUGAAUUCUACAAAUCCCAGGGAAAAUAUUUAUUGAAAAAGAAAUGUGUAUCAAAAAUAAAUAAUGCCUAGACAUAUUAGUUAUCAGUUUUUCUAUUCUAUGUUCUCUCUUGAAGUGUAUCUUCUCCAUAUAUUUUUAUUUUCAUCUUUUCUUAAUAAAUAAUAACUAAAGAAAUUAAGUAACUCUAAAACAUCUGUCACUAUACAUUAAAUAACCACUUAUAACACUAUUAAGUUAGAAAAAUGAAAUCAAGAGCAACUAUUAUUUUACAUUUAUACAAUAAGUACAGUGAAUUCCUUUGAAUACAUUUCAUUAAUCUCUUCAGACUUAUAUAUUCAAUAAUAUUUCAUUUCUAUGACAGUAAGACUGCUUUUUUUAAAUUGUUAAUAUUAGAAAGAUGUUUUUCUGUAUUAGAAUAAAGGAAAAAUAGCAGUUUCAGAAAACAAUUGGUUAUCAGUAGGGAAGCUCAAUCUAGUUCAAGUUCUUAUCUAUUAAUAAUAAAAAAGAAUAAUUCAUAAAAGAAUAAGGGAAAAUAAAUUGUAUUUUUUAGCAACUGUUAAAUUUUGCCUGGAUAACAAUACUUAUAACUAACACUAACUUACAUUUUAUUGUUCAUUAUAAAGUUGAAGGUGAAAUUUUAUGUAUAAAGUCUCAGUUGGUUAAACUGAAACUGGGACCUACAUGCAUAAUUAAAAGUGCAGCAAAAUUUAUUAUGUGAAAGGAAGGAAAAAACAACUACAGGUAAUUGGAUUUUAGUCAAAACUCUUCAGAAUUUUGGAGAUAAUGAUCUUUUCACUAAAACAAAGUAAUCCCCUGUGAUGUUGGAAGACAAUUAUACAUAUAUAUUACUAAUAUGAGUGUUUACUGCUUUAUAGAAUAAAACUGGUGAUGAUUUUACAAAGUGAAAACUUAGCUUUAAUGUGUUUUAUUGCAGUUCUAUAUCAUGAACAUUUUAGACUGUCAAAAAAAGUAGAAAAUUACUAAUAUAAUUUGGUACUGAAAUAAUGUUCAAUUUGUAAUUGUUUAACUUAGCAGUAUUUAUUAUGAAGUAAAAAGGAUUUUAGUAUAUGAAUGUUUCUAAGGAUGUCAAGCACAAAAUUUAAACUUAAAAAUUAAAUACACCCAGAACUCUUCAUCAUUAAAUAUAUAACUUUCAUUGAUGCACUUUUUUAUUAAUUAAGAUAUUCUUUUGGUUCAGGAUUAUGAAUUCUAUUAAUUUUUUCAACUCUGUUACCAAGUGUUAUUGUUUCACAUUUUAUUCUUAUUCCACCAUUUAAUCAUAAAUUUUAAAUUCAAAUGUCUCUUCUCCCUUUCAUGGGAUGUUUCAGUAUAAUUGCAUAGUCCUCAUAAUUACUCCAGAGAAUAGAAAAAAUGCUGGCAAACUAUAUCAAUAAAUUAAUUAUCAAGAAAACAUUUUUUACUAUUCUGAAAGAUGAAAAUACACUAAUUCUUAAGCAUAAUUUGUUAAAGAGCAUUGAACUAUAAAUAUAUCUUGUUACACAUGUUGAAAACUUUAGAGAAGAAAAUAAAUGUACAAAAUAAUGAGGAUAUUUAGCUUUAACUUAGUUGUGGUAAUAUCACACAAAAGUGGAAACAAUAUAUAUUAUGAAGUCUACUAGAUUUUAUUUAACAUUCCUAUGUUAAGUUAUGUUUUAAUUCUAUAUAUAUUGUAAAAACAUUAUUGAAACCAAAGAUUUUUAGUAUUUGUGAUCUUGAAUAUUAUUUAAUGACAUCUUCUUCAGUAGACAUGCACAGUGCCACAAAACCUCACAUUUUAAAUUGUGUGAUUUGGUUUAUAAAUGUUAAUUAUAUGUCACUAUCACUCAGUUGCUUUGUUACAAGUUUGCUAAUUUUUUUCCAGUUUGAUUUGAUCCCCCUAUGACUUAAAUUGAAUGCUGAUAGAUAAUUAUAUCAAUUUUAUUUUGCUGUUAGUCUGUUAGACUGCUUAAAAAAAUAUCAACUAAUGUAGCAAAGGAGACAAUAAGUAGAAAUUUAUUGGAAUGCUAAAAUAUACUGUAUAGCAAGUGCUUACUGAAAAAGAAAAAGUUGAAUAAUCUGUUAGCUUAAUGAAUAUUUAAAAGAAUAUUUUCCAAACUGAGUAGAAUGUUUUCCUCUAAAAUAUGUGACAAAAGUGUAAGUAAAUAUUACUUAUUUUGCUGACUUUUAAGCUUAGUUUAUGUGCAAGUUAAAAUUUUUAAAACAAUUUCCAUAAGUGUAUUUUGGGUUGCAAAUAACUUAAUGCAUCAAUUAAAUAGCUUUGAACAUUUGUAAUUUAGAUCACAUAGUGGUUUUUCAAUGAAAAAAAAACUUUAUAAUUUCAACAUUGUUUUGU